AUGAACUUGGAAAGAAUAGACCAGGUCCUUUUUAAUAGGAGCCCAAAUUUUAAGGGAAGAGAGUCAACCAAUGCUGAUUCAAGGUUAUGAGGAGGAAGAAACCAGACACUUGUGAAUAACAAGGGUUAUAAAUCAUAUAAUUCUAAUACAAAAAACACAAGCCAGAAAGAUCUAAGGAAUAGGCAAAGACAGCAGCAGAAUAAGAAUUUAGAGUUCAGAAAAUAAGCUUGAACGAGUCUUUUCUGCUGGCAGAGCUAAAAGGAAACAAAAUGGAAUAUCAGCAGGAAGAUCUCAAGAUAGAAAAAGAAGAUAUGAGGGUAGAUCUGAACAGAAUAGAAGAAUUCAAAAUGAUACUAGAAGACUCAGUAAAAUGCAAUACGGAUACAAGGCGAGUAGUGAUCUUUAUAGCAAAUUUAAUAAAAGAUCAGGUUCAUUUACACCUUCGUCAGGACUGAAUUCAAUCACAUAUAACUAUAUGAAAACAUCAAGUGGAAAUACUAAUCUUCAAAAAAUCAAUCAUCACUUAAGCAAUUUUGUUCAAUAUCCACAAGGUAGAACUGGAUAUAACAAGAAGAUGACUACAGCUCAGACCCACAACCAACUUAAUAGUUUUCUCUCUACUAACCCCAUCGGAACCCAUGAUGUUGCAAAUAACAACACUCAAUACAGACUCGGUCUAACCCAGGCUGAACAGCUAAAAUCCCACCAAAGGAACCUCCUCAAGGCCCAACUUCUUCACCAAAUCAACACCAAAAACUCCAAACUCAAGCUCGAAGGCGAGAUCGACCGCCUCUUCCUCCACCAGCACAACGCCCAGUUCAAAGAUUUCCAAAACUCCCAAAAACUCCACCAAAAAGCCACCUUAUCCCAAAAACGCCAACUCGCUCACGACCAGCAGAAAGAACUGCACCAAAAGGAACAACAGCACUUAAGAAGUCUCCAAGUUGAAGCAGAGUACGACCAGGUGCUGAAGAACAAAAUGAUCCAGGAUUAUAGAGCAAAGAUGGAUGGGGAGAAGAAGAGGAAGGUAGCAGAGGUGGGGUAUUGUAGGGGUAAUGAAGAGGGAAGGAGGAAGGUGAUGCAGGAGAGACAGAGGGUUACACAGGAGCAGUGGAACGAGAUGAAGCAAGUGGAUAGUCAUAUUAAGAUGCUGAAAUAAGGAAAGAAAGGAGUUUAAGAUUAAUAAAAUGAAAGCAAAGAAGAAGUUAGCAGAGAUGAGAAGGAAAGAUAUGAAGGUGCAGAGUAAAGAGAAGAAAGCUUGAAUUGAUAGGCAAACGGAAAUUGCCAAUCCUGUUAAUUCGAUAGAUAAUUAUAUACUGGGUAAAGUUCAAAGAACCCACCCAAAUCCUGAAGUUCAAAAUCAAAUAGAUAAAAAGCAAAAAAUAACUCUAGCAAGGUUUCUUCAACAACAAAUAAAAAACCAAGAGAGUGCCCAAAUGGUCGAAGUAGAUAUAGAUAUAAAACAGGCUAAAUUAUUCCAAGAAGACACUAAAAGAUAUAAUCAAGAAAAUUGGAACAACUUCAAAACCCAAAAGCAAAAAGAAAUCCAAAACGCUAAAGCAGUCAAGCACCAGAUUGAGCAUGGGAUAUAAAUUCAACAUCUAAUUCCAAAAAU